AUGUUGCUGCCCCAGAAGUCGCCCGCUGCCCAUUGGCGCUCCUUUGUGGACCUAAUGAUGGCACCAGUGUCGCCGAAAAAUCUUCGUCUGUCGGCCAUACUGAUUGGCAUUUACCAACUGCUUGUCGCCCAUUUGUUACUCUUCCUGGUGCUUUUGGGUCUGGCUCAUGCCGAACAAAUGAAAACUAUGCUCGCAAUGGAUAUUGAGGAUCAAAAGGAUAAUGGCUUUUAUGACAUGUCACCGUUUCGCAAUCAACUGCGUCUGCGCACCGCCUCCCAGCUCGUUUCCGUUACCGAAAUGCUGCUCUACAUACUGACGGCAGUGGCUUCGGUUUAUCUGCUCAGCACGAUUGCUCUUUUUGCAGGCAUAUUUAAGAAUCGGUCGGAAUUCGUACUUCCGUGGUUGGUGGUUGAGUUUAUUUUCAUUGUAUCGGCUGCGGUGUUGGUAUUUUGGUUACAGAAUGAGAAGUUUGUCGAUAUCAUUGGAGGCAAAAUAUAUUACUUUAUUAUAUGCUUCACGGUACUGUCUUUCGAUUGUUUGAUGUGGUAUAUCAUACAUUCUUUUUAUCAAAGGCUACGGACCAUGAACAAAUUGCGUGAGAUUGCCACUGUCGCAAUACCCUGCCCGCCACCUGGAUCGAUACCCUUCCACUUCCGGCGCGAGAACAUGUAUCUUGGCAGCAACGGCUAUAAGCAUAUACUCUCUGAAUCCCCCGAUGGAAAUUAUUAAAAUAAAUGUUGAAUAAAAAGCAAUUGCAACUCAAAGAGAUUUAAGAAAGUAAACACGAAAUCUACAGCACCUGACACUCUAUAAAAUCCCGUGAUUCCUUCGGCAUGCGCGAUUUCUUUACGACACGCUUCACAGCUUAUUUGUACCAGCAACUCAGUGGAAAAAGAGAAAUUUUAAUAGAAAAUAGAAAGUAAAAAAUAAUAAAACAAAAACUACAUGCAAUAUACUCGGCCUUAUUACGUAUUACUAUUAUUAUUGUUGUUGCUGUUAUUGUGAUAUUUUGCUGGGAGCUAGGAGAAAGCUUUAAUAUACAUACAUACCAUAUGUACAAUUACUUAUAUAAAUUAACAGCUUUAAUUGUAUAUUAUUUAUUUUUUGUUUUUUUUUUUUUUGAAUUUUUUAAGAAAUUUCUUAAAGCAAAAUAGUAGAAGAAUAGUGUCUUCAAGUUUUUUCUUCAAAUGCUUGCUUUAAUAAGGCUUUUUCAACUUCCAUUUGUAUUUUAAAAAUUCUCACCUAGUAAUCAUGUUAGAUAAGCUAUUUUAUAAGCAACUACAAUCUAUGUACACACAUACAUAUAUAUUCUUAUAUGUACAUGGAGUGAGUAGUACAUGCUAUUACAUGCAUAAAUACAUACCAAAGUAUAUGAAACCAAUAUUUUUAAUCUCAGUGCAAAAUUUGUACGGAAUGAUACACGUAACUGUAAUUAAAUACGAUUAAAUACGAAUGUUUUUGCAAAUACAUACAUAUGUAUGUAUGUGCAUAUGUACAUGUGGUAAGAGGAGUGAUAUGUAUUGUGGCAUGUGUAUUCAUUUGGUGAAUGAAAAAUUAUGCUAAAAUAAAGGAGCAGCAAACAUAUGUACACAUAAUAAUUGUAAUAAUAAUGUUAUUAAGUCAAACGCAUGUAAAUGCUUGGUUAACGCUAUUUUAUUCAAUUAAACCCAAUAAAGUCAUGGAGACGAAAUUAUGUCGGUUUA